UCUUCCAUGAAAUUUUUGCAUCAAAAUUAUUGAGUUUAACCCCCAAAAACCGCUUAAACAGCGAGUUUCCGCCAUGGACGAGAAGCUAUUCGAAGCUUCUCGCAAAGGCGAAACCUCAACUUUACUUCAACUCAUCGAAGAAGAUCCACUCAUCCUCGAAGACAACACCCACCACGCUUCACUGGAGACUCCGUUGCACGUAUCCUCCUCUCACGGCCACGCCGAUUUCGUUCGCCAAAUCCUCAAGCAAAAUCCAGGUCUCGCCAAAACAGCGAAUCGCAAAGGGUACACCCCACUUCACUUGGCCUCCGCGAACGGACACGUCGAAACGGUGAACGAGUUGCUGAAAAUCGAAAGGGAGAUCGGCGGCCACGAGCUUUGUAGAAGGAAAGAUGAUAAGGGCCGUGUUGCUUUGCAUUUAGCGGUGAUUAAAGGACGGGAAAGAGUCGUCGGAGAAUUGGUAAUGGCUUGCCCGGAAUCUAUUAAAGAGAUUACUGACAAAAAGGAGACGAUUUUGCAUUUAGCUGGGAAGAAUGAAAAUGGAUGUAAAUUUGUUAAGGGUUUAAUUGAUGGGAUUAAAGCUAAAGAGAUGUUGAAUUUGAAGGAUGAAGAUGGUAACACCGUGUUGCACUUGGCUACUUUGAGGAAACAGCAUGAGGUAAUGAAUUUACUACUACAACAACCUGAACUUGAUGUGAACGCAGUGAAUUCCAAUAAUCUAAAGGCUUUGGAUAUAUUGCUAAAAGGUCCAAAGCAAUCAAAUGAUGAAGAGAUUGCCCACAUGCUCCAUCUUGCAAGCAUGCCAAAACUCGAAAACCAAGUAUUAACCGACCCAUCUCGACCUAACAAUGCAGUGGUCGAUGCAGUGGUCGAAGUAGACAUGACGAUGAAAGACUCAACCUCGAAAAAGAAUAACGUGGAUUCUUUCAAAUGGCUCGAGGAAAUGCGAAGAGGUACCACGGUAGCGGCAGUACUAAUAGCUACCGUGACAUUCGAAGUAGCAUUGAAUCCUCCUGGGGGAGUUUGGCAAGACGGGGGAAAUGUAGAUUCGAACGUGGAUAGUCCGCUUACGGGGAACCACAUACAAGGCAAAUCGAUUGCGGGAGACGUCUCGCCGAAGAGCCUAACUUGGUUCUUGGUGUGGGACUCCAUUGGAUUCUUGGCAUCCAUGAAUAUUAUAGUAAUGUUGACGAUCCCUUCCAAGCUCAAAGCGAAUUCAAUCCGAUGGGAGUACGUUCGGUUAAUGAUGUGGUUUGUGAUUGCUUCUGUUCAUAUGGUCUUCCUAUACGGUGUCCAAUUGACAACUCCUUCGUAUAUUUUCCAACGAGCAGUGAUAGCGCCUUUCGUGUUCUUUUACGGUGUUGUCGGUUUAUUAGCCCUCCGUUCAGGGUGGUCGCUAGUGACAGAUUGGCGCAACCUAGCUAAAGAGAUAUGGAAUAAGAAAAAAAGAUAAAACAACAUUUUGCAACAGACAACCAUAACAAACAUAAUACUGCACUAAGGAUUAUGCAGAUUAAGUUGUUGUAGCAUAUUAGAGGUUACUGGUUGUUUAAACACGUAAUAUUCUCUUAUUUAAGUAUUUGAAGGAUUUGUGUUUAAUUAAAAGUUAUUGUUCUAUCCA